AUGAGUAUUAACAAACCUCCUGCAGACGAUGAGCGACUUGUUAUAAAUUCUGAAGACGGCGAUGAUCUUAUUGAAGGCCUAAACUUUGAAGAUGACGAUAAUCAAAAACCACCAACAGAUUUUACAAUAUUUUCACCAUUGAUAAAUGACAUUCUAAAAUACGCGAAUAAAAUUGGUGAAUGUUACGAAAAUGCCGAAUAUAAUAAAAGGGUUGUUAGUGUAUUACUUAAACGUAUUAAUAGCGUGACAGGCGAAGCGAAAACUUUACUUCAAUUAAAAAAUGAUUACAGUUGGUUUUUUGAAAACGGGAAUAAUUAUCCAGUUUUUCAAGAAUUCGUCAAAAUUAUUGAACAAAUACAAAAUUUCGUCGUCGAUAUUUCGCAAUUGCGAGGUGUUGUUAAAUAUUAUAAUGAUUAUCGAGACCCCGAAUUUUCGAUGGAUAGAAAAUUUUAUAUAUUUAUUCAAGAAUUUGAAAAAUUCACAAAAGCACUUACCAAUGCGUUAAAAGGCCAUCUCAAUUUUGGAAAACUGAAAGUCGAUCAAGUCGUUGAAGAUGAAGAAGCUAUAACUGCUACAAGCUUCGACCCCACGAAUCGUCCAGCUCUUGCACAUAUAUUUAGAAAAUUAUUUGAUCUUUCUUUGAAAAAUCUUCCAAAUAUUCAACAACCUGCUCCGAUGCCAAACCCAAAACCAAAACCAUUAUUUUCUCGAACUGUUCAAGAUGCAAUCAAUAUACAUAAAUCUAAUGGUGAUCGUAAAGUAGCAUAUGAAACAUUUUGCUACUAUGCGAACUUAGGUGAUUCCACUGCAAAAUAUUGGGUCGGAUACUUCUUGUUUUAUAAUAGCUUAAAUGACCAACAAACUGCCGAACAGCGCAAAAUGGCAAAAGUGCGAGCUGCACAAUAUUUUAAAGAAACAGCUGAUAAGAAUUUACCUGAGGCUCAAGUUCGUUAUGCUAAUUGUCUAUGGCAAGGCGAAGGUGUUGAAAAAAAUGUAAGAGAAGCCGUGGAAUAUUUUAAGAAAUCCGCAGAUAAUGGAAACCCAACGGCUAUGUAUAAUGUUGGAUCCAUGUACUUCAAUGGAACUGGAGUAUCUCGAGAUAAAGAAAAAGGUGAAUAUUAUCUCAGGUUAGCAGCAUUAAAUGGUCAACCGAAAGCUUGCGAAAUGUGCAAAAAAAAUCAUAUUCUACUUUAA